UUUUACAGUCUAUGGUUGACACACAUAUAAGUUUGAUUUGACUCGACAACUAUUUAAAAGUGUUUUCAAGUGAGUUGUAACAUUGUAUGCGCGUUUCCUCAAAAACAGAAGAUAUAUCUUAUGGACGCCGCAAAACAUAUACUAAAAUGGUGUUUGUAAACAUGCGGAGCAGCGCAUGCUAGAGCACUCCUCCGCGCAUGCGCAGUGCGACACUGUGCGAUCCCCAGCGCUUUAAGCUGUGUGGUGCGUUUGUUGUGUCUGCUGAGCUUCCUGAUUGACUUGCAGCUCCACAGUCCCUCGCUGUGACAUUUGUCAGAAUGGCUCUGAUCUCCAUCGAGGACCUGGACGGACUGGAUGAUGAGCAGGUGGACGAUGACAUUACCGACAGCUCCGAGCCAAUGGAUGAGGAGGAGCAGGACCGAAUGUACGCCCACUGGCAGGCGGUGGGAAGGACACACCAGGUGUCUGUUCCCAGAGAGAUGAGAGGACCCAUUGAGGAGAUGACGAGGAGGAACCAGACCUCAGAACAAGAGCAAGUGCCUUUUGUCACCAUCUCCAGACACGAGAAGCUUGGCGAGGUCUUGUACGAGGAGAGAGUGUAUCCUCCAGGAAAAUGGGCAUGUGUCAAUAAAGCAGACAUGCUUUAUGAGCAAAGCAUCUCCAAUGCUUUUAUGAAACUCAUGCGCUUCAUCUGCAAGGAGAAUUCAACAGGACGGUACCUUGGCAUGUCAGUACCUGUUGUGAAUGAGAUUAGGAUGGCAGACAACGGCACUAACUUCAUGAAGGAUGUGUUGACUGCAUAUUAUCUGCCCGCUGAGUUCCAGGCCAGACCACCUGAACCAUCCGAUCCUGAUAUCAGAAUCGUUCACAGGGACGCCAUCCCGGUCAUAACCAGGGUGUUUUAUGGCACCACAACAGAGGAGACCAUCUCUCGUCAGAUCAGCAUCCUUUGGGAGCUUCUGGGCAGCUCUGAGGAUGUUCUCCAAGACCGCUACAUGGUAGCCGCGUAUGAGAAUCCCGGCGUGCCCCAACGCAGAAAUGAGAUCUGGUUUAUUCGCCGUGGAGCGUGAACGUUUCUCAGCUCGCCUGUUAAGCCAGUAGAGACGUUUGAGUAGCUCAAUGUCUCGAAGAGAAGGGGCGGAGCUUGUCACAAUCAAAACCCAUUUAUCCUUUUGUAUUGUUGUGAGUGUGAUGCAUUUGUUUUUAAUCAGUGAGUAAAGAAACUACAGUUUAUUGCACAAUAGAUAUAGAUAACAAUGUAUAUAGCCUGCUGUUGAUUUCAGGGUCAACACAUGGAAGAGAUAUCAGUGGGUGACUUCACCUUGGCAUUAUUUUUUUAACUCGGAUAGGAAGAAUAAUGAAUCAUCUUCAUACUAUGUUUCCUGCUUGAUUUAAAUAUUAUACACUACUUGAAUUCACUUUCAUUGCUCAAUUUGUUUUAGUGCAGAAAAUGGUUUUUCUAGGUUUUCCAUAGUGUUCUAACAUGGUGUCGGCAAUGACUCGGAUAUUACGAUAUUCACAACUGUAAACCGUAAAUCUUUCAAUAAUGGUAUUUGUAGUUUGUUAUUUGCUUUAUAUGUUGAUAGAAAAACAGGUUCAGUUCAGAUUUGCAGCUGGUAUUAAGAUUCGAUACUUACAGUAACUGUAUAUUUACAGUUGUAAUUUUAAGCAGUCAUUGAAAUGUUGUGUUGGAAAACUUUUGUAAAUUUAAAAUAUUUUUUGUACUUUGUGUAACACUAUCAAACCAUUUAUCAGACAAUCAUCAGCAAGAGCUUUUCUAUUUCUAAAACUCAGAAUCUUCUACAUUUUUAUCUUAUGGGCCAAUGAAAUUCUUACCUGUUAGAUAUUAGUAGUGUAUUUUCAGUUUAAAUCAGUCAUUUGCCACAAGUAUGGCAGUAGUAUGGUUUUUUACGGGUAUGCUUGUUGAUCUCUUUUCUUUAGAUGGAAUCUGCAAGUCUAGUAUAUCUAAACACAGCUUUUUCUUCAAAUGAAUGGAACCACCUGGCAAAAUAUCCCUUUGCAGCAGUAUUGUAUAUGAGCGCUAUUUGGUCUCAAGGAUGUAACUGCAUUUACUUAUCAGUGUAUUUUAUUGUUGUGUUUCAUGUAAUAUUGUACAAACGUAUGUAAAACAUCAGCGCAACUCUUUAAAGCACUGUUUUGAUUAAUAGCUUUUGUGACAUUGAUGGCGUAGGUUGUACUUUUAAUUGAUGUUUGCCUUGCCGAAGUGUUUUAAAACUUGCACAGUCCCCCUCAAGUCUGUAAUAAUACAAAUAAACUUUAUUUAAAGAAUA